AUGGUAACCGCUCUCUAUCCGGGUUCUUUCGACCCGGUAACGAUGGGACACCUGGAUGUGGCCCGUCGUGCUGCACGGUUGUUCGAUAAAGUUCUGGUCGCCGUGUACGACACACCUUCCAAGAGCCUACUGUUCGACACCGCAGAACGCGUGGACCUCAUGCGUCGAGCCGUGGCCGACAUCGGCAACAUAGAGGUGAUUCCCUUUACCGGCCUGGUGGUGCAAUGCGCCCGGGAUACCGGCUCGGCAACCAUCAUCCGCGGUCUGCGCAGCGGCCCCGAUUUUGAGUAUGAAUCCCAGAUGUUCUUUAUGAACCGGCGGCUGGAACCUGACGUCGACAUGGUUGCGCUGAUGAGCGAUGCGGAACACAUGAUGAUCAGUUCCAGCCUGCUCAAAGAGGUGGCGCGGCUGGGAGGCGACAUCACCGAAAUGGUGCCACCCCACGUGGCCGCCGCCCUGCACGAGAAAUUCCAGCUGUCGGCUCAAUAG